AUGCCCUCGUCCGACAACCCGCCAUUGUGUUCAUCCCACCGACCAUCUCCUUUUUGUUUGGUUUUAUUGUUUCUGGUACCUUUGUCUUCUCUAUGGGCAUGGAGAGUUGGCUCUUGCCCCCUCCCUGGAAUUGAAGAAAAGCCAGAGAGACACAGAGGGUUAGGAAGAAUUGAAGCAAGUUUGGGUAGAGCCAGGUUAGCCAUUAAAGAAGCUGGUCGAGCACUCCAGAAUCUAACAUCAACCUAUGACGACCCUGACUAUGUUCCUCGGGGCCCAAUAUAUAGGAAUGCAAAUGCAUUUCAUAGGAGUUAUUUGGAGAUGGAAAGGAUUUUCAAGAUAUACGUAUAUGAAGAAGGAGAGGCACCAUUGUUUCACUAUGGUCCAUGCAAGAGUAUAUAUUCCACAGAGGGAAGUUUCAUUCAUGAGAUUGAAACGGCCGGAAAUAUGUACAGAAGCAGAGACCCAAGUAAGGCGCACGUUUAUUUCCUUCCAUUUAGUGUGGUGGAGAUGGUGCAAUACCUCUUCCUCCUCAAUUCCAAUGAUAUGAAUCUCAUCGGAAAUACCGUCGCCGACUACGUCAACGUCAUUGCCAAUACACAUCCCUUUUGGAAUCGAAGCCUUGGUGCCGAUCAUGUCAUGCUCUCUUGCCAUGAUUGGGGGCCUUAUGCAUCUUCAUUUGUUCCCAACUUAUACAACAUGUCCAUAAGAGUACUGUGCAAUGCAAAUACAUCCGAAGGAUUCAUUCCGUCGAAAGAUGUUUCAUAUCCAGAAAUCCAUCUCGUAACCGGGCAAGUUCAGGGACUUCUCGGCGGACCGUCGCCGUCCGGCCGACCCAUUCUAGCCUUCUUUGCAGGCGGCCUUCACGGCCACAUCAGACACGUGCUUAUGGAGCAUUGGAAAGAGAAAGACGAAGAUGUGAAGGUCUACGAACAUCUUCCCAAGCGAGAAGACUACAACUCAAUGCUGAAGAAGAGCAAGUACUGCUUAUGCCCGAGCGGGUACGAAGUAGCGAGCCCAAGAGUUGUGGAAGCAAUCUACGCGGAGUGUGUGCCGGUGUUGAUCUCCAACGGCUAUAUUCCGCCGUUCAGCGAUGUUCUGAACUGGGAUUCGUUUUCCGUCCGAGUGAAGGUGAAGGACAUUGCGAACAUGAAGAAGAUACUCACGAGCAUCUCUCCAAAUCAGUACAAAAGGCUGCAGAGGAGGGUGAAGCAGGUGCAAAGGCAUUUUGUGGUGAAUGGGCCUCCAAAAAGAUUCGAUAUCUUUCACAUGACUGUUCACUCUAUUUGGCUUAGGAGGUUGAACAUCCGCCUUUAG